UUAUCAUUAUUCUAGAUGUAUGUGGUCCAAAAGACACUGUUUCUGCAUGUGAAUGAGAAGAAUAAAUCAUUGUAUGAGAAAUUACUCCACACGCUUUCUAUUCCUAGUUUUUCAGUCUAUAUAUACGUUCCAAUACCAUUACAGAAACUGCAUAGCUUGAGGAGAUUCAGCACCCAACGGAUUCGACUAAGCAAAUCGAAAAGCGAUUUAUCCAAGACAAUGCCGGUGGAGUUUGAGAUGGAGAUCAAUGUUCAAACCAGCACCAGGGGAGGUUAUCGAGAUUUCAUUGAGAAACUGCGUGAUCGAUUGGGAGUGAGAUUUUCCCACAACCGUCCUGCACUUGCUGUUCAAGAGGAGCCACCCACUCGAUUCUUCGAUUUGGUAAUACGAACCAACGAUCACUCUGUGAGGUUCAGGUUGCGAAUGGAUAACCUGUACUUGAUUGGCUACCAGAUGGAAAACGGGCAGUGGUUGGAGUUCAACAACGAAACCGGUGAGCAUCUAAUUCGAGAACAGGGAACCGAAUUCCUAGGCUUCAAUGGUAGCUACAAUAGGUUACUCAAUGUUGCUGGCCUGACUAUGGAGGAAGUAAGAGUUGGCUUCUACAACCUAGGGUACGGUAUAAAUCAGCUUGCUACAUCGACAACCUGGAAUAUUAGGGCACGUUAUCUGAUUGGGGUGAUUAUGAUGAUCUGCGAAUCAACCAGACUAAUUCCUAUAUCCAACUAUAUGGCUACCAAUUUCGACAAUUCGCAUGGUACUAGCUCUGAUGAUUACAAUAAUUAUGACAAUCGUAACCGAGAAGGCCAGAUCCAACCUUGGAUUACUACCUUAGUUCGUGCUUGGGACGCUUUCUCUGCAGCUUUGUUGCGUGCUGAUGCUUACCCAGGUGAAUCGUUUCAACUUCGAAGAAAUGUCGUGCGGCUUCCACCAGAUAACAGGGAAAUAAGAACUAUUUCCCAAGCUGCAGCAAUACUUGGCAUCUUGUUGGGACUUUGCUUCAGGCACAGUGGACCAAAAAGGUUCCCAAGCAUGACCUUUGAUGAAGGACAAUGCUUUUUGGGGCUACCACUUGUGGAAGUGUUCUCGGUGCGCAUUGAUAACAUAGAUGGAGAGGAUCCCGGGCAACUAUAUGGCACAAUCACAGUCUACGAUGGACUGAAUAUAGAGUACAUCUACAACCGCACAAGCAGCAACCCAGAAUCCAUCAAGCCAAGUGAAAAUGCUUCGCUAACUGGACCAUCUCAAUCCAUCCUUGCCGUCGGGAACUUUACCAUCAAAUUGCUUCUCACUGAUAAAGACACAUGGUCUGGGGACGAUGAAAUUAUCAAUAAAGACAUCUCAUGGGAUGCUUCCGAGAUCGGCAAUGUUUAUGACAAACCCAUAUUUCAAGAAUUAGUUGGCAAUAGAGGUUCUGUGACAGUCAAUUAUGCAGUGCUGAGAAAUGCUGUGGCAGCGAGAAUAACCGUUACUAUAGAAGAAGGAGGGGAAAGUACAGUCAAUGUUUAUGGACAAGUUUAUGCCCAUUAUGACAAUUGGGUGGAUCCUAAAACGACAUGUUUGCUGUUCAACAGAUCAUCUGAUGACUACGUUGAUGUAAGGCGUUGGCAGACCAUUCCAUUGUUAAGACCUGUUGUUGCGGUGCCACUGAACGGUUCUCUAAUAGUUAAAGCAAGUUUGUAUGAUCACGAUACAUUUUCUGGUGACGAUGAGAUUGCAAAAGGCGCUGUAGAGUUCCCAGCUCAAAUGUCCGGUACAUCCUUCAAGCAAAUUCAAGGAGAAGAUGGGAAUUACGUUACAGUGACGGUCUAUUGGACAUGUGAAAUCUAAGUCAAUGAUAAACCGAUGCGUUUUAUAGUUAUUUGCUUUUAUUUUAGAGCCUUAAUAAGUCGUUUUACUUCCUAAAUAAAUCGAUGUGAUGUGUUUAUUAAGGUUUCCACAGUAAUGUCAUGUCAUGAUAAGUAAGCUGAUUUCAAAGGUUGUAACUUGUCAGUUCUGAAGUAUGAAAUAAUUAAUUAAUAUUAUUAUCAUCUUUUACCCAGUAA